AUGCUGCCAAAGGUGGCCAUUUGGAGCUCCUAAAAUGGGCACAUGAAAAUGGCUGUCCAUUGGAUGAGGAUGUUUCGAAGAUGGCUGCUGAGGGUGGAUGUCUUGAUGUUCUUCGAUUUAUCCAUGAGAAUGGCUGUCCUUUGCAUGAUUCAACAUGCCGCAAAGCUGCACAGAUUGGACAGCUGAAUAUGCUGAAAUGGGCCAGAGAAAAUGGCUGUCCUUGGGAUACAAAUGCAUGUGCUGAUGCUGCCAAGGGUGGUCAUUUGGAAGUCCUGAAAUGGGCCAGAGAUAAUGGUUGCCCUUGGGAUGAAUGGACAUGUGCCUGUGCUGCAAUCGGUGUUCAGUUGGAAGUCCUGGAGUGGGCCAGAGAUAAUGGUUGCCAUUGGGACGAACAGUCAUGCCGCUAUGCUGCAGAAAAUGGCCAUUUGGAAAUGUUGAAGUAUGCUCAUGAAAAUGGCUGUCCUUGGGGGGAAAGCACAUGUGCAUAUGCUGCCAAAGGUGGCCAUUUGGAGCUCCUACAAUAUGCACAUGAGAAUGGGUGUGCUUGGGAUGUUCAUACAUGUUUCUAUGCUGCUAAGGAAGGCCAUUUGGAGCUCCUACAAUAUGCACGUGAGAAUAAGUGUGCUUGGGAUGCAUCAACAUGCAGGGCUGCCCUCGAGGGAGGCCAUCUGAACAUCCUGAAAUGGGCCUGUUAG